AAGGGAUGUUUUGACAUGCUCUCACUACAGUAUUUUGCUUUCAGCUCUCAACCAGCCCAUGAGCUGUGGGCGGUACUGUCCCUCCCCUAUGUGAGGAAAAUGACACAGCACAGGGAUCACACACAUUGAUAUAUCCUGGGUUGUUGCACAUUAGCCGAGCAGUACUUGGAAAUAUCUGAAUUGGAUUUAAAUGUAUGUUUGUCUACGUUAAUCUAAUGGUAUUGCAAGUGUUAUACAAUGAGUUUGCGAGACUCUCCGUACCAGAAUCAAUUGUGGCAUAUCGGUCCAUGUAUUAUAACUGCGCUAAUACUUAUAAAGUCAACUGUUUGCACACCGGUGUCAACGGACUGGCGGGUCGAGACACCUGAGGCUGAGGGCUUCCUGGAGAAAUAUGGAUACCUGCACCAGGACAAUCACAUACACAAUGCUGCAGAGGUCAAAACAGCAGUCCGGGAGUUUCAGUGGCUGUCCCACCUGCCCGUCACAGGACAGCUGGAUAGUGCCACCCUGAAGCAGAUGGGCACACCACGGUGUGGGGUAAAGGAUGAGGGCAGCCAUCAGGUCUGGGCACAGAGAGUCUAUGCAGUCUUCACAGGCAAGAUGGCGUCCAAUGGGUCACAAACCCGCAGGAAACGCUAUGCUCAACUAGGUGAGAAAUGGUACAAGCGUCACCUGACCUACAGGAUAGUGAACUGGCCUCGUCACCUUGCGCCAGGCCCCGUGAGGCUUGCAGUGCGUGCCGCCUUUCAGCUGUGGAGCAAUGUGUCAGGCCUGGCCUUCCAGGAGGUCCCAGAGGGCCCCUCGGACAUCCGCCUGGCGUUCUAUGAGGGCGAGCACAAUGACGGGGCCAGCAACGCCUUUGAUGGCCCAGGGGGAGCUCUAGCACAUGCCUUCUUCCCUUGCAGGGGGGAGGCCCACUUCGACAUGGCAGAGAGAUGGACGCUGUACGGACACAAGGGCCACAACCUGUUCAUGGUGACAGCCCACGAGAUAGGCCACACACUGGGGCUGGAACACUCACCGGUGCGCCACUCCCUCAUGUCCCCCUACUACAGGAAGCUAGGCCGCGCCCUGGUCCUCAGCUGGGAUGACAUCGCUGCAGUGCAGCAGCUCUAUGGAAAGCCUCUGGGGGGUCUGCCUAUGAGGUUAACAGGCCAGGCAUUCAGCUCAGCCCUGCAGGAGUGGGAGCUGGCUGAGGAGUCCGAGGGACAUCCUGAAAUUACCCAGCCCCUCUACUGCCAGGGAGUCUUUGAUGCCAUCACUAUGGACCAGAACCACACAGUGCUGGUGUUCCGGGGCAGUGUGUACUGGAUGGUGUCGGCUCAGGGGAAUGUGAGCGCACCUCUCCCUCUCCAGCAGCGCUGGCGCCACCUCCCACUGGCCAUCGAGGCCGCGGCCUUCUCCCCACUGGACAGCAAGUGGUACUUCUUCAAAGGUAAGCGUAUAUGGCGUUACUCGGGCAGUGCCCUGGACCCUGGCUUCCCCAGGAGGAGCAGCCAGGCCGGCCUCCCCUGCCACCCAGACUGUGCCUUCUACUACGCCCCCCUGGGACACAUGGUCCUCUUUAAGGGCCCCCGCUACUCCGUGCUCAACCUGCACACACUGAGGUCCGAGCCCUACUACCCGCGCCGGCUGGCCGACUGGACCGGGGUGCCCCAGGGAACCAACGGUGCGCUGACCCGUCCUGACGGGCGCCUCUAUCUCUUUAGGGAGCAGCAGUACUGGAGGUUUGACCCAGUGAAGGUGCGCAUGACCAGAGAAGGCCAGUGGGCUCAGGACCUGGAUUGGAUAGGCUGCAGGAACAGGACUCACCAGGGCAAUGACAUCCUGUGACAAACGUGGAGCUACAGCUCUCAUAUCAAAGUUGAUAUGAGGGCCAAAAACCUGAAACAAUAGCCUGGGUACAAGUCUGUUUCUGAUAAUAUUCCAGUCCUUAUACUCUAUCAUAUGCCAAACAGUUUAGCAUGACAAGGAGUGCAAACAGACUGGUACCCAAACUACCAAAACAUAUAAAAGGCCAUUAUGUCUGUGCAAUCUAAAUAUGGAAGACUUGGUUGGAGCCGGCCGGGGUCGUUGGCCUGAAACACUGUCAUCAGUGCCAUCGAACUUGACUUUUUGGUAAGAUUCAUGACACAAUAAAAUUGACAUUAGUAAUGAACAUUGUUGAGCAUAUUAAACCUGGGUCGGGCCAGGCACACUGUAGAGCACUGCUGACCAUUCACCUUUCAAAAGGCAAUGUUCCUGACAUUCGUGAAGAUCGCAUUCACAGUAAACACUGCAGAUAUCAUCUCAUUAGGAAAUUACCUUUAAAGUCAAGCACUCUACAAUGUGACUCGGAUUGAAUCCCUGCCCUGGUGACAAAUACAGUGCAUUUGGAGAGUAUUCAGACGCCUUGAAUUUUUUCCACAUUUUGUUAUGUUACAGCCUUAUUUUCAAAAAAUUAUUCAAAUGUUUUUUUCCACCCUGAUCAAUCUUAAAACAAAACCCCAUGACAAAGCAAAAACAGGUUUUUAGAAAAUUCUGCAACUGUAUUAAAAACAGAACAUAAGUAUUCAGAUCCUUUACUUAGUACUUUGUUGAAGCACAUUUGGCAGCAAUUACAGCCUUGAGUCUUCUUGGUUAUGAUGCUACAAGCUUGGCACACCUGUAUUUGGGGAGUUUCCUCCAUUCUUCUCUGCAGAUCCUCUCAAGCUCAGUCAGGUUGGAUGGGGAGUGUCGCUGCACAGCUAUUUUCUGGUCUCUCCAGAGAUGUUCGAUCCAGUUUAACUCUGGGCUCUGGCUGGGCCACUCAAGAACAUUCAGAGACUUGUCCAGAAGCCACUCCUGCGUUGUCUUGGCUGUGUGCUUAGGGUCAUUGUCCUGUUGGAAGGUUGGAAGAACCGUCGCCCCAGUCUGAGGUCCUGAGCGCUAUGGAGCAGCUUUUAAUCAAGGAUCUCUGUGUAUUUACUCCGUUCAUCUUUCCCUUGAUCCCGUCUCCCGGUCCCUGCCGCUGAAAAACAUCCCCACAGUAUGAUGCUACCACCACCAUGCUUCACAGUAGGGAUAGCGCCAGGUUUCCUCCAGACGUGACGUAUGACAUUCAGGCAAAAGGUUUCACCAGACCAGAGAAUCUUGUUUCUCAUCAUGGUCUGAGUCCUUUUAGGUGCCUUUUGGCAAACUCAGGUGCCUUUUACUGAGUGUCUUCUGUCUGGCCACUACUAUUAAGGCCUGAUUUGGUGGAGUGCUGCAGAGAUGGCGGUCCUUCUGGAAGGUUCUGCCAUCUCCAGAGAAAUUCUGGAGCUUUGUCAAAGUGACCAUCAGGUUCUUGGUCACGUCCCUUCUCCCCCGAUUGCGCGGUUUGGCCGGGGGACCAGCUCUUCCUAGAGUCUUGGUGGUUCCAAACUUCUUCCAUUUAAGAACGGAGGCCACUGUGUUCUUGGGCACCUUCAUUGUUGCAGAAAUGUUUUGGCACCCUUCCUCGGAUCUGUGCCUCGACACAAUCCUGUCUCAGAGCUCUAUGGACAAUUCCUUUGACCUCAUGGCUUAGUUUUUGCUCUGACAUGCACUGUCAACUGUGGGACCUUUUACAUAGUCAGGUGUGUGCCUUUCUAAAUCAUGUUCAAUCAAUUGAAUUUAUCACAUUCUAGAAACAUCCCAAGGAUGAUCAAUGGAAACAGAAUGCACCGGAGCUCAAUUGAGUAUUAUUGCAAAAGGGUCUGAGUACUUAGGGGGUCCUGUGCAAACAUUUCUAAAAACCCUGUUUUUGCUUUGUCAUUAUGUGGUAUGUGUAGAUUGAGGAUUUUUUAUUUAAUCCAUUUUAGAGCAAGGCUGGAACGUAACAAAAUUUGGAAAAUGUCAAGGGGUCUGAAUACUUUCCGAAUGCACUGUACACAGUGGGAAAUCAACUCCAUAGAAAAUGAUUUUGUAUAUUACACUUAAGAUUUCUUAAUGUUUAUGCUUUGGUAUUACACUUGUACAUUUCAGAUAUUCAUCAAGACCAACCAUGUGUAAUUCACUUUUGAAUUAUUUGUAUAAAAUCAUGUGAGAUACAGAACUUCUCUGGAACAAUGCUGCCUUCCAGUGGUAAAAGUAUUUCUUUGCAGACUUUUACAUUACAUUUUAAAAGACACUGUCUACUGAAACUGACAGAAUCCAAAUGGAAUGUUUGCCAUCAGUGUUGCUGAUACUAAACCAAGAAUACCCCUAGAUUAGUUCUUCAGUAAAAUAUAAAAAUCAGCAAGAUUAGAACCUGUAACCGUCAGUACCAAAUAAAGUGUUCAGUGAGUAAGUCAUUUCUUUUUAAUCGGUAGAUUAUAAAGUUGAAUUGGGAUUUAGCAAGAGCGAACACUUGCAUGUCAAAACUUCUAAAGGGGUGGAUUAAAUCGGUAUCGCGGAAGAGCCGCGUUAAAAUGUAAAGGUCAUUUCCGAUUACUCCGCAAACGCAGUAAUAUCACCUUUAAACUUCAAUUGAGCUACAACAUGGAAAUUCUGCGAUACUUCUGUAAUGCAGAUUGAAUCCAGCCCUAAAUCAUUACUCCACAUGCUUGAUAGACCUGCAUCACUUGUUUUUGAGCCAACUUCACCAUCGGCUUUGAAUGGGGAACCCAGCUCAUGACAGUCCAGUUUCGAAACAAAUGCAAAUCACUUUUCACCCAGUGCAAACUCCGCCCACCUGGACCAGCAUUUAUAUUCUCAUUACUGGCCUUUCAUCCAAUCAAUUCGUCAGGAUCAGUUAUUUUAAUAGUCUACACCAGUCUAAAAACGUGGGCACAAUGAGAAUGUGGACAAGAGCCAAACAGAUGUUAGCACCAGGUAUAAACAGGGCACAAUAGAUGGUACCCAAUGCAGCAGUACAACGUUAUUGGAGUUGUAUUUAAGCAUUAAAACCCGAGGGGGUGUGGUAUAUGGCCAAUAUACCACAGCUAAGGGCUGUUCUUGGGCACAAUAACAGAGUGCUAGGACACAGCCCAUAGCAUAUAACAAACCAGAGGUGCCUUAUUGCUAUUAUAAACUGAUUACCAACAAUUAGAGCAGGAAAUAAAAUUAAUGUUUCGUCAUACCCCAUGGUAUACGGUCUGAUAUUUCACGGCGUUCAGCCAAUCAGCAUUCAGGGCAUGAACCACCCAGUUUAAAAAUCACUAACAUAUGUCUUAAGAACAAUUUGAAACAAAUGACAAGUAUUAUUCCCAAAUUAGUCAGAAGUCAAAAAUGUAAUUUACAAAAUACAAUUAAUUACUUUAGUGAUGCAUGAUAAAAGUCAUAUUUCACAUGUUUAAAUUAAAGGGACAGUUUCCCCAGACACAGAUUACACUUAGUCCUGGACUAAAUGGCACUCUCAAUGGAGAUUCUCCACCGAACAAGCUUUUUAGUCCAGGUUUAGCCUAAUCUAAGAAACCGGCCUCUACACAAUCAAUUUGGUAAACAUCAUGUGGUCCUAGGUUAUAGACAGCCUUGCAAUGUAACAGCCUUCCAUGGUAAUGUCAACACACACUUUAUACAUUAUUAACAGAGUAUCAUCUCAGACAAGGAGUCUUUUAGCUCGCUAGUCCUUUGUUGUAUUCCAGUCAUCAAGCCAUAUUUGAACACACAGAUUACCAAAUAUGUAUCCUAACCACAGUACCCGAAGCUAACGGCUUUACGAAAAAGUUUCCAGAAAAUAAAUGAAUUAUCAGCUCCCACAGUAUUCGUCUUAUCAAAAUAUGUCCUUUCAACACAAUGGUUUGGCAAGGUCUACUCAACACAACCCAUGGUUUCGUUAUAGUAUUAGAAGAUACUGUUGAAAUACAAUGUGUUAAUCCUAGAAAAAUAGGCUAAUGACUGUACAAUACUAACUUCUGACCCAGGAGUCAGACCUGAUAGACAGUGCUUUCUUGGGGUAAGGACUUAGGUCACUCAGUGAUAUGCUACCACACAGAUCAGCUUUCAUAGUGCACAGACAACCACAUGAACUAACCAACCACACACAUUUAUCUACCUACCCACUUGCGGCACAUUUGUAUGCAUUUCUACUUCCACUGGUAAUAAAAUGCAUAGUUGCCUAGUUAGACAAUAAUUGUGAAUCUGAAAUCCCUGGGCGUAACAGUUUCAUUUACUAUAGGCUUUACACCUAGCCUGGCUAGUUGGCGUCCAAAAGGGCACCCUAUUCCCUAUAUUGGGCACUACUUUUGACUAGAGCCCACCAGCACUACAUAGGGAAUAGUGUGACAUUUUGGACGCAGACCCAGACUGGCACCAGGAAGUCCAUCUCUAAGUUACAUUAUGUUAGAUAGUGACAAAAUGUCCUACAACUGCCUGCCUGCCACACUGCAGAAAGGAAUCAGAUGAAGAACUCAUCUAUUGGGUCUGUACUGUGUGUAGGUGACAACAGAGCCUUUGCUGCUGGCGUAGCAAGAGGCCCUGGCCCCACAGGCCCUCUGGAGUAGCUCUGACCCGGCAUUGCCCAGCUGAUAACACUGCUAUCAGCUUUGGUAGGGCUGCUCACAACCCAUGUCCUGUGGGGGGUGCAAGCAUCCAGUAGACAGGCACUCAGCUCCCUCGCUAGGCUCUCUGGGGCAGAGGCCCCCCACAGCGGCUAGCCUCUCUCGUGCUCCGCCUCCCACAGGCUCUUCCUCCUCCAGCAGCAGGUGGGAGGUUGACAGGGAGGGCCGCGCUUGGGAGGUGGAUCAUGAGAGAGGGAAGGAGUCGUGGGGGUGGUUGACGGAUAGCGUGGCGGGGCUGCUGCACUGGGACGAGUAGCAGGAGCUGCCUGGAGGGGUGCUGCAGUGGCUGUCUGAGCCCAUGUCACACCCAGGUAAGGCAGGCACCUAGCCUAGCCAGGCCUGGGUCGGUGCGCAGCCAGUUCCCUGGCUGGGUCACCUGGCUGCAGGACUACAGGGUGUGGGCUGCUGGGGGCAGUGCAGACAACGCUCCUCAGUAGCCCUCUGGGCGAGACGCUUGGGCAGGUCAGAGGGAAGGCACAGGUCAGGGGUCGCUGAGGCUUUCACCUGGGGGACAGAGACUAACAGUCUUAACUUUCUCUGGGAGACUUGAGGUGAAAAUAAUGGACGGUUCAACAAUCAUGGAGGGAGCCUACAGAGACAGGAAAAACAACAAACCUAAGUUCCAAUUAAAGAAGCACUAUGCAGAAAUGUCUCUGCCAUUUCCUGGGUGCUAAAAUUCUAAUAGUUCGCCUAAUUUCAAUUUUAUGUGACAAAACAAGCCAGUAUAGUGUAGAGAGUCAUUGUACCAUCUAUAGCGCUGUGAAAUAUAUUUUCCAUAAUGAAAAAUAUUUUAUUUUUCAGCUGGUGUACAAAACCGAAAGUAAGAGGCAAAAAUUUAACUUGAGCACGGGAAGCAUAGAAAUAGAGCACAUAGAACAGACCUACUGCUUCUUAGACUACUUUUUCUACUUUUGCGAAUGAAAUAUCUAACACUCACAUUUCUUUGUGACUUUAAUCAGGUCGCCCAAAAAGUUACAUAUUGCAGCUUUAAGAUUGACGACCAAAUCUUAGCUUAUAUCGAGGCCAUUGGGACGAUUCAUGCCUCUCAAAGUUACUAUGCAUUUAUACAGUGGUGCAAUGGGGAAAGUAUGUUUCAAUGUUAACCAUUUGUUCCUUGGCCUUCCUGAACACAGCCUUGGCUGUUUUCCUUUUAUUUGCCAACAUGUCUUGAAGGAAAGGUAAAUGAGUGUUUGAUACUGUAUAAAACCUGUGGAUGCAUGGAUGCCAUCGUUCUCUGUGGGAAUGUGUGCAUUUAUAGCGGAGUAAAGGAAACCAGUGCAGUGAUAUACAGUGAGCUACAAAAGUAUUGGGACAGUGACACAUCUUGUGUUGUUUUUAAAUGAUUCAAUAACUAUGAUGCACACUGUCAGCUUACAUUUUUUAGGUUAUUUCAUCCUUGUCGGGCAAACCAUUUAGAAAUUAUAGCACUUUUUGUACAUCGUCCCCACAUUUUAGGGAACCAAAAGUAUUGGGACAAAUUCACUUUGUGUAUUAAAAAGUAGCCAAAUGUUUUGUAUUUGGUCCCAUAUUCCUAGCAUGCAAUUACUACAUCAAGCUUGUGACUCUACAAACCUGUUGGAUAUAUUUGCUAUUUGUUUUUAUUAUUAAUAUUGAUUAUUGCCCAAAUCAGUUUGUGAUUCAUGCCUGUAUUUGAAUCUGCUAAUUGAUGAUUAGUUAAUAAAUAGUAUGGUCCAUAUUGAGGGUUCCCAGGUAGGGUAUUUAAGACUUGUAAUUUGUCUAGGUCAGGGAAGGGACAGGCAUUGGGUUGUUUGUGCUCAACUUUUCACAUUUGGUUUAUUGUCAGUUUAUGUUCCUGUUUGUUACUUUCUUUUGUAAAUAAUUGUUACGUUUUUGCCAUGCUUAUUAUCUCCACAUUUGCUAAUAAAAGCAUCACUACAGGCAACAAAAGUAAA